UUCAUUUUUGGUCAGAGGCUGUCUCUGUCUACAAGUGAUUAUGAAGUACACAAAUAUUACAACUAUAAAAGACUUUAUUAUCACUGGAUUCCCUGGACUUUCACCUAAGUAUUAUGGACCAGUGUCUGCUCUUCUUCUCCUUACUUUCACAGCUAUUGUUGUUGGAAAUGCUUUCAUUUUAACCAUUAUUGUGUAUGAGCGGACUCUUCACAAACCGACAUACAUGAUCUUUUUUCACCUUGCAAUGACAGACGUUAUAUUUGGGUUUGUGACUCUUCCAAAAAUCAUUGCCAGAUAUUGGUGGAAUGAUGUGAUAUCUUCAUUUGGAGUCUGCUUUACGCAAAUGUAUUUUGUCCAUUCUUUGGGAGCUAUUCAUUCUUUAAUUUUGCUGAUUAUGGCCUUGGAUCGCUUUGUUGCUAUAUGUCUUCCUUUCCAAUAUCCUGUUAUGAUUACAAAUAAAACAAUUUCUAUUGCUUGUAGCAUGUGCUGGGUAGUAACAUUCAUACGUAUGUUGGGAAUUGUGCUUCACGCCUUAACUUUGCCUUACUGCAACCAGAAUGUCAUCACACACUGCUACUGUGAUCAUAUGUCAAUAACUCGGCUGGGAUGUGGGGAAAAUGUUAAAUAUGUUAAAAUGGUUUCACUUGGAAAUGCCAUGGUAAUUCUCCUGGUUCCUUUAGCUUUCAUAAUUAUUUCUUACUUUUCCAUUAUCAUAGCUGUUCUGAAAAUGUCUCAUACUGAGAGCCGCCACAAAGUCUUGUCCACCUGUGCUCCUCAGAUCUUUAUUACCUGCCUUUAUUAUGUGCCAAGAUGUUUUGUUUAUCUCGCUCACAAUUUAGGAUUUAGUUUUACUGCUGAUGCCCGUAUUUUAAUAACCAUGUUGUACAGCCUCAUACCUGCUGUAGUUAAUCCACUGAUAUACUGUUUCAAAACUAAGGAUAUAAAAGAGGCUUUGGUGCAGAGAUUUAAAAAUAAAAAAGCCAGCAUUGCAAUUUGCAAUUAA